GCUCGUACUACGCAUGCGCGCAGUUCUGCCUCCAACAACAAGAAGCAGGAGCCAGACAACAUGGCCGACCUGGGAAAGAAGUACUGUGUUAACUGCCUUGCAGACGUUACAAACCUGCGGCUUCGCUGCACCGACUGCCCCGAUAUCGAACUGUGUCCGGAGUGUUUCUCGGCGGGCGCAGAAAUCGGUAAUCACCGGAGAUGGCACGGCUACCAGCAGGUCGACGGCGGUCGCUUCUCGCUCUGGGGUUCCGAGGCAGAGGGAGGCUGGACCAGCAGGGAAGAGCAGUCGCUACUCGAUGCCAUCGAACAAUAUGGAUUUGGAAACUGGGAGGACAUGGCUGCUCACGUUGGAGCAUCCCGAACUCCUCAGGAAGUUAUGGAACACUAUGUCACCAUGUACAUUCACGGAAACCUGGGUAAGGCCUGCAUCCCCGACAACAUUCCCAACCGGGUGACGGACCACACUUGCCCGAGCGGGGGCCCUCUGUCACCUAGCCUCACCACCCCGCUCCCUCCGCUGGAUAUCAGCCUGGCUGAGCAGCAGCAGCUGGGCUACAUGCCACUACGUGACGACUAUGAGAUUGAAUAUGACCAGGAUGCAGAGAAGCUCAUCAGUGGGCUGUCUGUGAACUAUGACGAUGAGGAUGUGGAAAUUGAAAUGAAACGUGCCCAUGUGGACAUGUAUGUGCGCAAGCUCAGAGAACGCCAGCGACGUAAGAACAUUGCCCGGGACUAUAACUUGGUGCCUGCUUUCCUGGGCCGAGACAAAAAAGACAAGGAGAAGGAGAGACCUGGAGUGCUGGGAGUCAUAAGCAGUGCUGGUGGUGUGGGUGGUGCAGGAGCUGGCGGCGGCACUAUUGGUUUAGGUUCCACAGCAGGAGCAGGAUCAGGUCCUGUUACCAGUACGCCCAAAAGAAAGAUCACUAAAGAAGAGAAAGAGCAGCGGGUCAGACUGCGGGGGCUCUGUCAGUUCAUGGCCCAUCGGGAGUUUGAAGACUUCUUUGAGAACAUGCAUAAAGAGCGUGUGUUAAGGGCCAAGGUGCGUGAGCUGCAGCGCUAUCGCCGCAAUGGCAUCACCCGCCUGGAAGAGUCUGCUGAAUAUGAAGCGGCCCGCCACAAACGGGAGAAACGCAAGGAGAACAAAAGUGUGGUCACCUCAAAACGGGGCAGUGGAGGAGGGGGUGGGCUUGGCUCUGGGAUGGGAGGGGGGGUUGGAGCUGUUGGAGGAGGAGGCAUUGCUGGAGGGUUGGGGGUCGGAGGUGGGAUCAAAGAAGAAGGAAAAGAUGGUGAGUUUGCUGCCAUCGAGAAUCUGACGGGCUUUGAGCUGCUGUCAGACAGGGAGAAGGUGCUGUGCAACUCUCUGAACCUCAGCCCAGCACGCUACCUGACUGUCAAAACCAUCAUCAUCAAAGAUCACCUGCAGAAAAGGCAAGGCAUUCCGGCCAAGAGCCGGCUGCCAAGCUACCUGGACAAGGUCCUCAAAAAGCGCAUUCUCACCUUCCUCACGGAAAGUGGCUGGAUAUCCCGAGAUGCCUUGUAGUGAUCUGUAUUUGGUCAGGAAGUUAAGCUUCAUAGGCAGACAAAACUACUGGCUUUUUUCAAUAGUGACGUUGUAAAUAUGUACAUUGUAAAGAAAGACAAUGCAUCACUGGAUAAAAAGUCUAUUUUUAUACCAGGGCUCGAAACAAAAAUAAGCCUAUAUUUUUACAUUUGGAAAGGGACAGGAGUGAAAAACAACUCUGUGGGUUCACAUUACUUUGUAUCAAUCUUGUUACGUUAUGAAUGAGAACUACAAUGCUAACUAGUAGUACAUAGUUGCAGAGAUAUUUUAGUGUUCUUGAUUCAUUGAAAAUUUAAAAUCCUGACAUCAACAGGCCAAAGGCUGUUGCAUGCUGAAAAGAAGGGUAAAUGAGAACAUUAUUGUUCCUGGAAAUGUAUGAGAGUUGUGACUUCUGGAUGAAUGCUUGUCACUGAUGGGUGACAAAAAUAAUCACUGUUGUGAGAUGUUUUUCAUGAUCUGCUAAACCCUACUGAAAUUGAUCAACUUUGUUUGCUGUUUCAUCAGUUAAAGCUGGGCCCAGUAACUUUCCAGCAAGAGCAAACUGUUUGAUUUUUGUACCAUUUUAAAGAGGUAAAAUUGAUUUUUGAAGUGGGGCUGUAUGGGGUGUUUAUCCAUAGUCAGUGUUUUACCUACACUAGAUAACAGUCAGCACAUUCCCAGUUCGGAGAAACAGACAGGAGUAUCACUAUGGAAGCUAAAGCUCUGUUUCCACUGAGCAGUUAGGUAUGGUUCAAUCCAGUUCAGUACACAUUUUUUCCAUUUCCACUGUGAAAAGUUGUGGAUGGUACCAAUGAAACUGUUCCUAACCAUCCCCAUUUUUGGUCCCCCAUCUGUUGGGGUACCUAGAACACAGAUCUAAUACUUAGAGGUGGAGCUAUAAACACUGCAGUCCGCUGAUUGGUCAAUAAAGGAUGGUCACUCCGCUCAGGGCUGAGUUGUGGCUGGUUUUGAGGCUUAUGUAACCACUGUUCAUACUGUGGCAAGUCAUACAUAUAUUAAUAAACUAUAACUAUGAAAUGAAAGGAUGUCUUGCUGCCUCUAGCAGCAGGUGUAGUCUGAGGAAAAAAUAACCUCAUUUAGUGGGCCAACUGCCGGCAACUUUUAAGAUGGAAGGUUUAUUUGUAAUGUUAUUGAAUGCAUGAGUUGAGGAUGUGAAUUAUCUCUUGGAUGACAUACACUUUUAAUAAUGAGUGGGUCUUCAAGAGUUUAAAAAUAUAUAUUAAUUUCGCUGGAUUAUGUAAACUGUCUGUGCCACCAGAGAAGAGGAAAUACAGCGAGCACUGGACGGAGCAGUGAGUGACAACAAUGCCGCCCACAUUUAGGAGUACAGUUUGCAGUGGAAACACUAAACGGAUCUAGGGUCCAGGUACCAUGCCUGAAAGGUUACUUUUGGUUCAAAAGGUACUAUACCGAAAGUGUUUGGUGGAAACGGGGCUUAAUAGUGUCUUCUCUGGAUAGGGGUUAGCAGUAAAUGAUACUUUGGCCACUUAAAAAACGUCAGACUGGCACUUGCUGCAGAGCACUGUUGUACCCAACCAUCAGGUAAAAUUACACUUAACUACUAAUAAAUAAAUAAAACCACUCUCCAAACAACCAGUUAAGUGUGAAGCUCUAGCAUCGUCUAAUGCAGAAAGAUCCUGAGGUUAUGUUGUAACCAAGUCCCACUCAUGGCAGCAGUAGCUCUCUGGGUCCGUGAGCAUGCAUUUAUGGUUUACAUGGUUAGCUUCUGCUCUUUCUGGGCCUCCAGUUUCCACAUACGUUUCCUUUCUGUUUUUUGGCCUGUUGGAUCUCCCUCCGUAAAAGUUCUUCUUCUCUUUUCUCUGGCUAACAAACUGCUGAAAAUCAGACCCAAUCAGCUCACCUGCAGCGUAAUACAGUGUAGGCUAAUGUGUACAGAUACUGAGGUGCUGUGGUUGAGAAAAUGUCGUGGAAAAGACAGGGCUGUCUGAUGGCAAGGUAAAGUAGUGAACAAAUACUUAAUAUUACAGUCCAAUUAAACUGAUAUUGAUUUUUCAGAUAGGCUUUUUUUAUUAUUAUUAUUUCAAGUGGCUAAAGGACCGUUUGCUCCUAACCCAUAUCCACAGCAGUACAACUUCCAUGGUGGGACUCCUAUCUGCUUCUCCAAACUGGGAGUGUGCAAACUGCCAUCGACUAUCAGUGAUACACCGACUGUGAAUAAGUACCUUGUACAGCUCGACUUAAAAAGAUCCAGACUAUCACCGUAGAGGCCUCAGUUUCCUAGAAAUUGUGUAUCUUCAGUAAACUCAGUAAACUGACUUUUUUUUCUUCCUGCCUACAAGAGAAGGGAAAAAAAGCAGCAGGGUUCAGCCAUCGUCAAGCUCAUUUUGGAGUGAGCAGUUGUUACUGCCUGAAGGCACUCUGUAUCAGGGUCUGACAGAUAGAGGUUGACAUAGAGCUAAACCGAUAUAUCUGCUGUUGUUAGCUUAUCAUUGAUAUAUCAGUAUCAGCACAAAUGUCAGCCAGUUAGUGAGAAGAAAUGUAAGUUAAAAAAUGCCAAAGAAUAUUAAAAGAUCAUUUCGAGACAGUGUUGUUGUUACACAAUCUGUCCACCAGAGAGCACUGGCAAGUCGGUUUUUCAACUGUAAAAUCUCGCUCAGCACAUUUCUUUGUCACAAAUUUUAAUUUAAAAAGGAUCCUUAUCUUACAUAUUAAUCUGUUAUGUGUUUAUGGUUAAAGAAAUGGCUUAUGUAUUAUAUUUAACUCUUAGAGUCCCAGAAAACGUGGCUUCAAUUGUAAGAAAGUAUUUCUCUUUAAAUAUUCAUAUAAAGCAGCAAAAAAACCCAAACAUGUUUAUCCACUUAAUAACCAUUUAAACACUGGUAAAUAAAUGAAUAAAUAGUGAGGCAUGACAACUAACUGACAAAAUAUGAGCCUUUAAAUAUUCACAUGUAUUGGCUUUAAAAAUCAGUUUCAGUCAGGCUCUAAUUUGUAUUUAAGUUUUGGUUUGUCACCUGAAGUUAGUAUGGAGGACAAAUCUCAACUUUUUAUGCCUCUGCGCCAACGAUAGCCAUAGCCAGAGGCAUUAUGUUUUUGGGUUGCCUGAUGGCACGUCUGUCUAUACAUCCGUCCGUCCCUUCCUUGUGAACAUGAUAUCUCAAGAACCCCUCGAGGCAAUUUCUUCAAAUAUGGCACAAAUGUCCACUUGGACUCAAGGUUGAACUAAUUAGAUUUUGGUGGUCACGGAUCAAAGGUCAAGAUCACUGUGACCCUGUUUGUCUCAUUUUUGUGAGCGCGAUAUUUGGACAACGCUGAAAUUUUUAAAAAAAAAUUGGCACAAACAUUUAAUGUUCACUUGAACUCAACUAUUAGAUUUUGAUUGUCAAAGGUCAAGAUCAUUGUGACCUUGAUCCCAUCUCAUUCUCAUGAACAGGAUAUGUCCAGAACACCUUCAGGGAAUUUCCUCAAAUUUGACACAAACAUCCACUUGGACUGAAGAAUUAACUGAUAAGAAUUUGGUGGUCAAAGGUAAAGCUGUGACCUCACAAAACAUGUUUUUGGCCACUCAAGAAUUCUUAGCUAAUUAUGAGAAAACAUCACACAUUUUUAUAAUAGGUUUAAAUGAUGAAGUGAUGACAUUUUAUAUCCAAAAGGUCAAAGGUCAACUUCACUGUAACAUCAUAAUGUUCUGCAUGAAACACUUUUCUGGCCAUUAUUCAGUGUCAUAUCCCAGGAACAGAAGGGGAUACAUUUGGUCAGAUACUGAAUUGGUGACACUUAUCUUGGCUGUUGCUUGUUCAGUAAUUGUAGUUGAAUUAGGCCUACAAACCUUUACUUUUACAGAAACAGUGCAUCUUAGUGCAGUUUCAAAUGUUCUGCAGUCCCCAGGUAAAAGAAGCUGGGUGUGUAAGUGACCAGGGGCCUCAUGUUCAAAGGGUGCGUACGCACUUUUCCACGGCAAAGUUCAGAUGUAUCAAAUGUAAUGACUGUGGAAAUGUGCGGUGCUUCAGGCCAACUUCAUGGCUGGCGUACGCACGUUUCUACAGCUGUUGAGCCUUUGGCGACACUUAGAGGUGAUGCUGGUUAUAAUAUAUAAUUGAAAACAAGUCCUGAGAGUGAUGUGCACAUCAGAGACACAUGAACAAUUAACACACCCACGUGUCUGCAAGUAGAUGAGUGGAUAUAAAAGCAUGCGCAAAAUGGUGCAGAAAAUACCGUUAACAACAAUGGCUGCGUUAACAGUAUUAAGACAUUGUAAAUGGUGCAAUAUGAAGACAGCGUGUGUUCAGAGCCAGAGAGGAUUUACUGGCACAUGAUGACAAUUGGCUCAUCAGCCGCUUUAGGUUCCCGAGGACAAUCCUCCUGGAACUGUGUGCAGCUCUGCGGCCAGCCUUGGAGCGCGACACGGCGAGGAGCCAUGCGCUGCCUGUAUCCAUACAGGUGCUGACGGACGGAAUUAUCUGCAUCCGUCAGCCAGGUAUAUCAAAUUCCCAUACAAUGCAGCUGAACAGGCCAACAUUAAAUCGCAAUUGCAGCCAGAGCCGGUUUUCCUAAUGUAAUCGGAGCUAUCGGCUGCGCACACAUUAAAAAAGCGCCAUGAUGAAGCAUUUUCAUUUGAUGAAUAUACAGAUCAUAUGUGAUGCGCAAAUGCAAUUAACCAACAUUGUGGCGAGGUGGCCUGGCACACUUUGGCGGUGGGCAGCCGUCCUCCGCUUCACGUCCACCACUUCUUUUUUAAUUCUGCGUGUUUACGCUUUUCUGACCCCACAGCACUGACAGCCUCACACACACUCUCCCACUCACUCCUCUUGUGUUUAGUAUUGAUGCCGGAGGACAGUGUGCGAAAAAGUACAUUUUUGCGCGCCUCCACUUAAGUGAAUAGUGUCUCCAAUUCGCAUUCUGUUUUUCUUUCUUCCCGUCUAACUCAUUCUUUAGUUUUAGUUUUCUGAUAGUGCAGAGAGGGGAAUCUCAGGUGCAUGGUUCAUUUAAAUAUGAUUUGCAUAUUUAAAUGUGGGCAUGGACAGGGAGGGGACGGGUACUCCAACAUGUGCGCUCAAUUCCAUGUUGAUUGGGAUGUACAAAGGAAAUGUGCUCGGAUUCAUGUGUAUGCACAGAUUCAUACAUCUGGAUGUUUUUGUGCGUACAGCAUUUUCUGGAUUUAAGCGUACGCCAUGUUUCAGUAGGAAAUCCACGCAAGUCUUUGUACAUGAGACCCCUGGUGUAACUAGUUAUACUCAGAAAACAGUAGAAAAACCAAGCAGGGCUUCCAAGGGCAAAAUCAUAAAAAGAAAAAAUGAGGGAAGCCACUGUGAAGCAAAGAACACAUUCCUUUAAUGGCUCAAAUCUGCAGCAAACAGCAUUAGGCAGGCCAAAAAACACAGAGGCUUAAACAUGCUGUCCACUCUGCCACUCUGUAACGUGUUUCGAGUCAAAUUCUUCUUCAGGCAGCAAUGGUAAGCGUGUGCAGUCUUUUCAACUAUAUAGGAAGGGGGGAGGAUUCAAUUAGUAAUCACUUCAUUUUAGUCAGGUGUGGAUAGGGUGUGGUCUGCAACAUAGCUGAAUCAACUGAGAGGCCGUUGACACGUUGCCGGCUAUUUUCAUAAACGGACAUUUCACCGUCUCCGUUUUCAAAAAGAUCUUCGUUUACACUUACCCGUGUAUACAGACCCUUUCCAAAAAAUUAGAAUAUCAUGGAAAAGUUGCUUCAUUUCCAUAAUUCCAUUCAAAAAGUUAAACUUUCAUAGAUUAUAGAUUCAGGGCCCACAAUUUAACGGUUUCAAGUAUUUAUUUGUUUAUUUUUACAUAAUUUGGGCUUCCAGCUCAUAAAACCCACGGAAACAGGAAUUCAAAAAAUUAGAAUACUGUGAAGAAAUCACCAUUUACUUCUCAGUUUUUGCAGAAAAAAAGAAAGAAAUUAGGAUCACAUCAAAUCAAUCAAAAUAUGGUACUUUCAAAACGAUAUGUCAAUCUUCAAUACUUGGUUGGGAAUCCCUUUGCCUUAAUCACUGCUUCGAUGCGCCGUGGCAUUGAGGCAAUCAGCCUGUGGCAUCGCCUGGGAGUUAUGGAAGCCCAGAUUUCCUUGAUGCUUGCUGUCAGCCCUUCUUUGUUUUUGGGUCUGGUGUCCCUCAUUUUCCUCUUGAUAAUACCCCAUAGAUUCUCAAUGGGGUUUAGGUCUGGCGAGUUGGCUGGCCAGUUAAGCACUGUGAAGGCAUGGGCAUCAAACCAGGUUUUGGUGCUUCUGGCGGUAUGGGCAGGGGCCAGGUCCUGCUGGAAGAUGAAAUCUGCAUCUCCAUACAGAUCCUCAGCAGAAGGAAUCAUGAAGUCCUCUAAAACAUUCUGGUAGACUGUUGCGGUGACCUUGGAUUUAAGAAAGCAGAGUUUACCAACACCUGCACCGGACAUUGCACCCCAAAUCAUGACUGACUGUGGAUAUUUCACACUGGACCUCAACCUCAACAUCUGCCCCAUGGUUGACCAUGUCAUAUGCACACAGCUUCCCAGGUGAUCUGUUAUGCUGUGCUCAAACUAUGGUACUUGUACCACUGUAGGCACACGACCUCCCUCUGGUGGUACAUGGAGGAAUCUCCUGACUACUUUUCUAAAAAUUAAAUACAUUUUUUAAAACAUAUAUAAUAUUAUCAAAAUACCACAACAUUUGGAAUGAAAAUACUGACAUUUUGAGAUCCCUGAAAUUUAAUUGAAAAUACAGUUUUUCUUUAAUGUUUUAGUUUUGAUAUCUGCUUGCUAUGUAUCACUGUCAUGAACGUAGCUCAUACAUGAUUAGUGGUCAGCUGGGAUGGCCAGAUAGUAAGCAGAGGCUAAAUGAAUGGUGUUAAAAUCCCUGCAGUUGUGUCUCCAAACAGGUGCUACUUGGAAGAGAAGUUAGAAUAGAGAAUAUUUCAAGCAGCUGUUGAACCUGAAGUGGAUGACAGUCAGCUGAGCUUGAGUGCUGGUGGCUAGUAGCUAGGCAUCACUUUAAAAGUAGAGCUUUGUUCAUUUUUGUGGUCAUUGAAAAGGUACGGCCUCCUCUACAUUGUACAACUGUGGAAGUUUUAAUGUUCCGUUAUAGUCAUCAUUCAUACUUAGUCAUAUUUCAUCGAUGUGGUGCUUCAAACCAUGUACAAGUUAGACACAACAGCUGUAUUUAAAGGAUAACUCUGCUGAUAUUUUAUAUUACUCUUAUUGCCAACAAAUCCAAUGAAAAGACAUUGAGGGUUACUUGGUCUGUAAGGGUGUUUUGACCAAGUGGUAACCUCCGACAGAGUCCUGCAUGGGUCCCUUUUUGAAAAUCCGCACCCGCCCGUACCCAUAAAACUCAGUCCGAGAACCAACCUUUUACCAGUCAUUAUGUCUAAGUCAAAGCUGCACCCGUUAAUAAAAGUCCCAUGUCCUGACCCACACCCAUGAUUAAACACACACAGGCUACAAUCACUCACAUUAAAGGACAACUUAGGUAUUUUUCAACCUGGGCCCUAUUUCCCUGUGUGUGUGUGUGCAUAUGAUUCAUAGGUACAACUCGUUCUAAAAUUGGUUCAGUAUUGAGGGAGGCGGAUGCAGCCAACAGCCGCGAAAGGAGCUAAAACGGUAACGGGGGCAAAUGCGUCCCGUGUAAGUUUGCACAUUAAAAGUGCUUUUUUUCGCCACUGACCAGUUCAGAUCGCCAGUGCUAUGUCCUAUAUCCUUUAAGCUGGGUUCUCUAUUGUUGCAUUACAAAUCCAACAGAGGAAAAGUGUCUUUCACUGGCUGCGCUCAAUGCUGGGAUGGUGAAAACAUUCAAUCGAUGCCAGGUUAGGAAACAUUUAAGCAUGCUCCUUCCACCACCAUAAAACCUCAAAAGGAUCUUUCUUGGGUGUCUCAAUCUCGAAGUCAGCUGCCACCUCAUCCUUGGGCUACAGAGUUUCAUGACUGGAGUACUCCACGUCGGUGACAAAUGUGACGACAGGGUCAAAGGUUCAACUCGUAUCAUUGACUUUCAAAAUCAAAGAAAUUGCAGCUUGAUAAUAGUGAUUUAGAUGUUAAAAUAUCCCACAUAUACUGCACAUCUUUUUGAUUUAUUUUAUUUUGAAAAAUAAAAAAUAUAUUUUUGUUCUCACCUACUGCCCGCCCACGUGGAGUUCAUUUUUAACCUGUGUCGUACCCAUCAACUAAUAUAAAUACACAUAUUUUCACCUGUUACACAGCUUUUUGUGGGUUACCCGACCUGGUACAGGACUCUGACCUCUGGGGCUGAAAAUUGAAGCCAAAACGAAAUUAAACCAAAAUGAAGAGCCAAAAACUGCAGUUCCCUGAAUGGCCACUUGAGGUUGGUGCCAGAAGCCAGUAAGUCAUCAUA